AUGGCUGUCCCUCUGAUUGUAAAAUGGGGUGGACAGGAAUAUUCAGUGACCACACUUUCAGAAGAUGAUACGGUGCUAGAUCUCAAACAAUUUCUCAAGACCCUUACUGGAGUACUUCCAGAACGCCAAAAGUUACUUGGACUCAAAGUUAAAGGCAAACCUGCAGAAAAUGAUGUUAAGCUUGGAGCUCUCAAACUGAAACCAAAUACUAAAAUCAUGAUGAUGGGAAGUCGUGAGGAGAGCUUGGAAGAUGUUUUAGGUCCACCCCCUGACAAUGAUGAUGUUGUCAAUGACUUUGAUAUUGAAGAUGAAGUUGUUGAAGUAGAAAAUAGAGAAGAAAACCUACUGAAAAUUUCUCGCAGAGUUAAAGAGUACAAAGUGGAAAUUUUAAAUCCUCCCAGGGAAGGGAAGAAGCUUUUGGUACUAGAUGUUGAUUAUACAUUAUUUGACCAUAGGUCUUGUGCAGAGACUGGGGUAGAAUUAAUGCGGCCAUAUCUUCAUGAAUUCCUAACAUCUGCAUAUGAAGAUUAUGACAUUGUUAUUUGGUCUGCAACAAAUAUGAAGUGGAUUGAAGCUAAAAUGAAAGAGCUGGGAGUGAGCACAAAUGCAAACUACAAGAUUACCUUCAUGUUGGACAGUGCUGCUAUGAUAACAGUGCAUACUCCAAGGAGAGGAUUAAUAGAUGUAAAACCUCUUGGUGUUAUAUGGGGAAAGUUUUCGGAGUUUUACAGCAAAAAAAACACCAUUAUGUUUGAUGACAUAGGAAGAAAUUUUCUAAUGAAUCCACAGAAUGGACUAAAGAUAAGACCUUUUAUGAAAGCACACCUAAAUCGAGAUAAAGACAAAGAACUUUUAAAAUUAACUCAGUACCUGAAGGAAAUAGCAAAAUUAGAUGACUUUUUGGAGCUAAACCACAAAUAUUGGGAAAGAUAUCUCUCAAAGAAGCAAGGACAGUAA